CGCCUGCUCUCCGUAUUACCCCCCGAGCUUCCAAGGGUCGCCGGCCUUCCCCGCCCACCCGAUCUCGCCCAACGCACCCCGUCCGCGGACGGGGACGAAGGAAUGCCGAGGCUCAAGCGGCGGCGGCCGACCAAAGGCUGGGACGGUGAAGUGGAAGCCUCCGACUCCGCCUCGGUCACGCCGCACGCGCUUCCGUCACCGCCCUCGUUCGAGAGCCUUCGGCAGGUCGUGACGACGGCGAACGCGGACGGGAGCGCGACGACGCACGUCAUCGUGCGGUGCACACUUGCGGAGCUCGCGCGCGCGACGAAUCUGCGCGUGGACGACGCGGCGUUCGCGCUGAACGAGUGCGGGCUGCUGCUUCGG